AUGGCAGCCAAGAGGCAUCUCACAAAGUCACUGCUGGCGGUGGCCUUGCUGGCCUCCCUCGGCAGCUCCAUGCUCUACGGCUACAAUUUGGCAGUGGUCAACUCUCCUGCACAGUUCAUCAAAGACUUCUACAAUGAGACGAUGGUAGAAAUCUACGACUGGGCUCCAGAUGAGGAGCACCUCACCGUCUUGUACUCCCUCACUGUGUCGAUCUUUGCUAUUGGUGGGAUGACGGGGGCCCUGCUGGUGGGCAAACUUGUUACCAGAUUUGGACGGAAAGGGACGCUGGUGAGAUCCAGUGCGCUGGUGUUUAUAGGAGGAGCUUUGAUGGGCUUCAGUAGAUGGUGCAAGAUGCCUGCGAUGGUCAUCUUUGGGCGCUUCAUCACGGGAGUACACUCAGGUAUCUCUCUCAGUGUGGUGCCGAUGUAUCUCGGUGAGAUCGCUCCCAAGAACCUGCGAGGCUUCCUGGGCCUCGUUCCCAGCAUCCACAUCUGUCUCGGGGUCUUCAUCGCUCAGGUCCUGGGGCUCCAUGAACUGCUGGGAAAGGAAGAGCACUGGCCUCUGCUCCUGUCCCUGGUGGUGUUUCCUACAAUGGUCCAGCUGAUGCUGUUGCCGUGGUUUCCAGAGAGUCCACGGUACCUGUUGAUAGAGAAGGGAAAUGUGCACGCCACUAUUGCAGCCCUAAAAUGGUACCGUCCUAAAGGAAACAUCCAGGCAGAAGUUGAGGAGAUGCAGGAAGAGCAACGAUCAUUGUCCUCUAUCCAGACCAUCUCUGUCCGGGGCCUGCUCAUGGACCGCUGUGUCCGCUGGCAGGUCAUCACCAUUAUGGUGGUCAACAUUGGCAUGCAGCUGUCUGGAAUUGAUGCGAUCUGGUUUUACACAAAUGACAUAUUUAGGAACGCAGGAAUCCCGGACCCUUACAUCCAGUACACAACAGUGGGAACUGGUGCCAUUGAGGUCAUCUCUGGGGUGCUGGGGUGUUUCACUAUCGAGCGCGUGGGCAGAAGACCUCUGAUGAUUGGCGGCUUCCUCUUCAUGGGACUCUGCUGUGUUGGGAUCACUAUGUCCGUCCUCUUCCAGGCGCAGUUGGACAUCAUGCGCUACAUCAGUGUGGGCUGCGUAGUUGGGAUCAUCGCUGGCUUCUGCAUAGGUCCAGCUGGUGUGCCAUUCCUGAUCACUGCAGAGCUGUUUAAGCAGUCGCACAGACCGGCUGCCUACACUGUGGCCGGUUGCCUCAACUGGUUGUCUAACUUCACCAUCGGCUUCGUCUUUCCCUUCCUCGAGAUGGCUACAGGUCCCUACUGUUACCUGAUCUUCUGCGUGAUCUGCUUUGGUGUGGCUCUCUACACCAUCUUCAUCAUUCCUGAGACCAAAAACAAAACCUUUAUGGAGAUCAGCCAGAUGUUCGCCGCCAAGAACAAGAUACUUGAAGAGGAGUUGACUCCCAACGGUCAUUUGAAAUUGGCAAUGAUGAACGGCUACGGUACCGUUGGCCAACAUGACGAAAAGUGAGAGCCCAAGCGGGAGGUGGACCUGCAUGUUCGUGAUGGUUUCUUCUCGUAGUAAGACAAAGGUAAAAGGAGGAACUGUGGCCACAGGGAGAUCUGCUGCGUCACGAGAAAACUACAAAGACCAGUGCACACAUAUGGAGGUAUCAAACAAACACACAAAAUGAAAGAUGGGCUUAUUCUUAACAGUCAUCACUUGCUACACACACCAUAAAUGCUGUUGUUUAACAAUUAAUCUCUAGUCAAAGUGUAGCUCCUGUACAUUAUGUGAGGUAGAAGUCACACGGUCGUGCGUUUCAAAUCAACCAUCAAGGACAUUUUAAUCAAUUUCUCUGCAUCUUACUGAGUUUUUAUAUGAGCUGAGUUGGUUUCUCACAGCGCUCUCAGAAGUUUUAAUCUCUGUAUUAGUUUUCACUUCUUCCGCAACACAUCCCAUGAUCACUCUAUGGUUCAUAUUCGGUGAUGAGUGACUUCCUUUUGUUACCCGAUACAGAGUGAAUAUACGUAUUCAGUGACACAACAAUAACUCUUGAGGCAGUGCUUCCAUCAGCGUAUAUCGAGGGAAGGUAUGAAAACCAUUUCUCCAACGUUUCCCACAGUGGUUUAAGGUCACGAGACAUCAUGUGAAUAAUAAAAUAUUUACAGUUAUUGCAUGUUUACACUGUUGAGCUCAAGGUGAAUGUCUUGACCGAGAACUUGAGCUUGUGUUUGUUUUGUCUUUCAGUGAUGUUUGUGUCUCUUUUUUACAUAAGAGAGCUGGAUAUUGUGGCUACUGUGGUAGUCAUUUCAUAUUUCUUGUCCAAAUAUAUGCAUAUACGUGUAUGUAAAGCUUGUUAAAGAGUUAUAAUUUAUCAGUAUACCAAAGCAGCUGUACGAGAUUGUCCAGGUGUUUUUAACUGCUGUGUGUUUUAGACCACUCUGUGUAAUAUAUGGUGGAGUGACAAUGAGAAAUGUAACAUAAAAUUAAG